CCGGCGCCGGUCCGUAUUCCAGCGUCGUGAAGAUCUCGCAGGCGCGCGAUGCUGUGCGUGUAGCAGCCAUCACUCUCAGACCGUUUUCCACGGACUGCGGGGCUCUCUGCCCGAAGGAACCUGGAGACUGAUUCUUUACCGCUGAGCCAACGGGGAAUCCCAGAACGAAAAUAUGGGUGCCUUCAAAUAGUUACGAGGCCUUCAGAUUUAGAAGAGUGGCCGAAUUGGUGUCUUCCCAUCACCCUGAUCGAAAGGCCAUGGCCGACUCGAAGCUGCUGGUGCCGGAGCUGAAGGAUGCAGAGACGAUGGGCGCUGAGACGUCGCGUUUCGAGGAGCUGCUGCUGCAGGCCUCCAAGGAGCUCCAGCAAGCCCAGACAAGCAGACCAGAAUCUACACAGAUACAGCCUCAACCUGGUUUUUGCAUCAAGACCAACUCAGCUGAAGGGAAGGUUUUCAUCAACAUCUGUCACUCUCCCUCCAUCCCUCCGCCGGCUGACUUGACUGAGGAUGAGCUGCUUCAAAUGCUGGAGGAAGACCAGGCUGGGUUUCGCAUCCCCAUGAGUCUGGGAGAGCCACAUGCAGAACUGGAUGCAAAAGGCCAGGGUUGUACCGCCUACGACGUAGCUGUCAACAGCGACUUCUUCCGGAGGAUGCAGAACAGCGAUUUCUUGCGAGAGCUCGUGAUCACCAUCGCCAGGGAGGGCCUUGAGGACAAAUAUGGCCUGCAGCUGAAUCCAGAGUGGCGCAUACUGAAGAACAGACCUUUCCUGGGCUCCAUCUCCCAGCAAAAUAUCCGCUCCCAGCAGCGUCCUCGGAUCCAGGAGCUGGGGAACCUGUACACGCCCAACUCCCCGAGACCUGAGGCACGCCCUGAGAAGCCUCACCUGAGCCUUUGGCUGGAGGCCCCUGACCUCCUCUUGGCUGAAAUCGACCUCCCCAAACUGGAUGGUGCUCUGGGGCUGUCGCUGGAAGUCGGGGAGAAUCGCCUGGUGAUGGGGGGCCCCCAGCAGCUGUACCAUCUGGAUACCUACAUCCCUCUGCGGGUCAACUGUGAUGAGAGCAAGGCAGCCUUCCAUCAGAAGAGAAAGCAAUUGAUGGUGGCGAUGCCCCUUCUGUCAGUGACUUCUUGACCGGAUGUUUUCCUGUGCUUCUAUGUUGAGGGGAGAGGGUGGUGGCUUCUCUAAAACUGAAAUAAAAGAUGUUUGCCUUUG